AUGAAGAUUAUCAAUCAAAACGGAUAUACCAAAGAUGAAUUGCAAUCAUGGAGAACAAUAGUGUAUAAAAACUUGGUUGAGUCCGCCCAAACAUUGGUGCAGGCUAUUCUUACCUUUGACCUGAAGUUUGAUAAUGGUGUGAACAAUGAAAAGACAAUGAUUAUCAAAAGUUACAAAUUCUCGGGCGAUAGUCGAAUAAUACUGGACGCAUCCCUUAUAGAAGCAAUUGAGAGUGUUUGGGCCGAUACAACUACGAAAUUCUGUAUUGAAGACAAAGCAAGUGAAUUUUAUUUGAUGGAUUCUGCGCCAUACUUUUUUGAGGACAUAAAACGCAUUGCAGAAGCUGAUUACAUUCCUAACGAACAAGAUGUGUUGCGAGCAAGACUCAAAACGACUGGAAUCACCGAGAUUAAGUUUGCCCACGAAAAGCAUACCUCAAUACACAUGUUUGAUGUAGGUGGACAAAGAUCCAAGCGACGAAAGUGGAUUCAUUGUUUUGAAGCCGUCAGUUCGAUUAUAUUCUGUGUCGCUCUCAGUGAGUACGAUCAAGUUUUACUUGAAGAAACGCGCCAGAAUCGGAUGUUAGAAAGCAUUGCAUUGUUUGAGUCUGUAGUCAAUAGUCGCUGGUUUCUAUAUACAUCAAUCAUGCUUUUUCUCAAUAAGGUUGAUCUUUUCAAGGCCAAAGUCGCCAGGGUGCCUCUCGAAAAGUACUUCCCAGAUUACGGAGUAGGAGGUGCUGAUAUCAACAAGGCUGUAAAAUAUAUUUUAUGGCGAUUCCUGCAAGCCAACAGACCAAAAUUGAACGUUUAUCCCCAUUUAACGCAAGCUACAAACACAAACAACAUUCGGUUUGUGUUUGUCACUGUUGAAGAAACAUUGCUACAAAAUGCACUGAAAGCGUCUGGAAUGAUGUAA